UAUGACGGAAUACCUUGACAACGACUUUCAGCGUCAAGUUGUGGAGAUUGUUCGCAGAGCUACGGAUCAGACGGACCCGGCAGUGAAAGAGGAGCAGGAGGACUCCGAACCUUCUGACAUUAAAGAGGAACAGGAGGAGGAGGAGAUCUCAACCUACCCUUUCAACAUUGUUGUGGUGAAGAGUGAAGAGGAUGCAGGUGAAGCUCCGCCUUUCCAGCUUCAUCAGACCACCAGCUCAACUCAGUGCUUGAAAGCAGAUAACAGUGGAGGACCAGAACCAUCUAGUGACUCACUGCUAGGUCUGCACUCUGACCACCAGAGAUCGCUCUCUGCUGAAUCUGACACUGAUGACAGUGAAGACUGGAGGGAAACCAGCGACAGUCAGUCAGCUCCCAACUCAACCCGCGACAUGAGAGUUGAUGAACAAUCGCUGAGCUGCUCUGGCUGUGGGAAGGUGUGUUCCUCCAAGAGGGGACUGACGAAACACAAGCUAGCCUGCCCUGGAGAGUCUUUGGCCUGUUCAGUAUGUGGGAAACGUUUCACUCUAAGAGGAUCCCUAAAGAGACACAUGAGGAUCCACACCGGAGAGAAACCGUUUAGCUGCUCGCAGUGUGGGAAAUCUUUUAAUCAGAGAGAAACACUAAAGACGCACAUGAGAAUUCACACUGGAGAAAAACCAUACAGGUGCUGUCUGUGUUGUAAAUCGUUCAAUCAGAGAGAGUACCUUAAGACUCACAUCAGGAUUCACACAGGGGAAAAACCAUUCUCUUGCACCCAGUGUGGCAAAUGUUUUAAUCAAAGGGAAAAUCUGAAGACUCACUUGAGAAUUCACACAGGAGAAAAGCCUUUUAGUUGCUCUCAGUGCGGACGGCGCUUUAAACGGCGAGAUUAUCUCAAGUCUCACAUGAAAAUCCACACAAGAGAAAAAACAUUAGCAGCUCAAGAUGAGGGAAAUGUUUUAUCAUUGCCAAGCCUAAACCUAUCGAAAGUCAUAACUUAGACCAUCUCUUCACACUGCCGUGAAAAUAGAUGGAAUGUCGUCAGGAUGGGAGCUUUGUCCUCUCUAAAAUGUUUUGUUCAAAUGUGUGAGGUAUAUUCAUCCAAAGCAUUGAUCCUUUCUGCACUCACUUCCCUGCUACGUGACGACGCCAUUAGGAGCUCAGUUUGCUGUCAAUUACUUUUUGCAGUGCAUCACCUUGUGGCCACACUCAAGUACUGUUCAACUCUCAUCUUGUUUUCUUCAUCUAUCAAUGAUGAGAGGGUGCCUCGUAAUUUGUGCACAAACGUAAAUGUAUCGUUCAUAAGUUGUUGAUUUUUUUGUAUUUCUGGUGAACUUGAGUGGAAUGAAAGAAUUGACUACUACCUGCAGAGGCUGUGAUCUUUUUGGCCAAAGAUUUAGGCUCUGCUGUGUACAACCAGAAACCCCUGUCUGGACAGAAGAGCCCAAAGGACUGUUCAUUACAUCGUCAUUGACUAUGGGAUACAUGGUACACAAAAACUCCAACUCCGGUGUUAUUGAAUCCAAUAUCUGCUCAGACA